UUGCGGAUCGUAGAAGAUGACGCAUUUAUUUCUGUCUCUGCGAAGUAUAAGGAUGUUGAUACUGAUGAAGAAAAAGAAGACAUUGAGAUUAUAUCCAGCAUUUCUAGACAGUUAGAGGCGAAGGCCCGUGAAGGUCCUAAGUUUCUGAAGUCCUUCAAACCUUUAGACGGUGAAGAUAUCAAAGUCGAGGUAAAAACCGAAGUGCUCUCGGAUGAUGAAGGUCCCUCUACUUCUCAGGCCAGUCAAAAGAAUGAAACCUCGGGUAGCCGCUCUCUAGACGAUAAAAGGAAUGCAAAAACCCAAUCACAAGAGGCGAAGCGACGGCACGACUCUGACGAUCAGUCACCGGUGAGAAGACGGCGUGAUUCUGAUCAGUCCCCAGUUAGGAAGCGUCACGACUCUGAUCGCUCUCCCGCAAGGAGGAAGCGUCAUGAUUCUGACAACUCGCCUAUAAGAAGAAAGCGACAUGACUCCGACCAUUCUCCCGUAAGGAGGAAACGCCACGACUCCGACCAGUCUCCUGUGAGAAGGCGUCAUGACUCUGACGAUUCCGACCUAUCACCUGUGAGAAAGCGACACGAUUCUAGAUCUCCUGCCACAAGGGUAAGGAGUCAUCGUCGACGAGAUCCAAACGAAGACACGACUCGGAUUCUGAUGGGUCUACGCCUCCGAAAAGAAGCUCUAGGAGGGAUAUGGCAUCCCCGCCUAGAAAGCAACUACACAAGUCGAGAAAAGAUUCUGAUUCGGACCAAUCGCCGCCGCGAAACCAUGGUGAGUGUAUUUUUUUUCAAAGGUUAUAUACCACGGUGUAGAGCUGGAGAAUGCGAAGCAUGGCUAAUUGACCCGUAAUA